GUUGACCUCACCAAGUGCCUGAAUAGUCAAGGGCCCUUUGACCUAAUCAUCCACAAGUUAUCGGACCUCCUGGUGGAGGCCGGUCAGGACCUUACUUCCCACCACCUUGUCCAGAGGCUUCAGGUUUAUCUAGAUACACAUCCAUUUACCAUCCUCCUGGACCCCCUUCCAGCUCUGCACACACUGCUCGACCGCUUCCAGUCCUACCACCUCCUGCGCAGCCUGGAGUCCCGCAGUCAAGAAAUGGAUUUAAAAUUUCAUGUUUACAAACUAGUGGUAGAAAUAGUUUCUACUUGUUUUUUCAAUGAUCUAAAAAUGACUGUGGUUGUUUUCUCCCAUGCAGUUUGCAAAACUCGUGUGGCUCAUGGACCGCGAUCGCAUGAGAUGUCCCUGAUAUUUAACGAGCAAGGGUUGAAGGAGGUAACCCCCCCAUGUCUUCUUCAAAGCUUCAUCAACCACAGCGCCACCCUGUACAAGGUGUUUGUGGUGGGAUCACAGCAUUUUGUGGUGAAGAGACCAUCCAUACGUGAUUUUCCCCUGGGAGAGACAGAUCAGAAGACCAUCUUCUUCAACAGUCAUGAUGUCUCCAAAGCAGAAUCUUGUUCUCACCUCUCUCAGGCACCCCUGUACCCAGAUUUGUUGCCUCCAUCAGAUGAAGUGGUCAGACAGGUGGUCCAGGGUCUACAGGAGGCUUUGGGUAUGUCCCUCUUUGGUAUAGAUUUAAUUGUGGACACACAGUCUGGCCGCUGUGCAGUGAUUGAUGUCAACGCUUUUCCAGGAUAUGAAGGAGUGCCUGAGUUUUUCUCUGCUUUACUCUCUCAUGUGGACAAACUUCUAGGAAGCAACCAGGAGCAAACCUCAAUCAUGGAGCUCCCGGCCUCUGUCCCCCAGUGUGAGGAGCACAGUACAGAGAGGAGGUCCUUGCCAGAGCCAUGCAAGAGGCAGCUCAGUUCUUCUUCCUAUUUUAAUAUGUAUACCCCACCCCUGUCUGCUGAUUGUUGA